AUGCGUGCAGGCCUUGGAGUGCAAGGAGGCCCUGGACCGAAGCUUCGACCUGGGCUCCACGGAGGACGGCCAGGUGCUGGCGACCCAGGAGGACUUCCAGGCGAGCGACGUGCGCGCUCUGCCUCUGGACGGCCCUCGCCUUUCUGGGGUCAAGCCGUUUGGGUAUGA